AUGGACAAUUUCAUCACUAGUAUGUUAAAGAACUUUUCAAGUAUUUACAAAUUUCAAGAAAAUCACCAAGCAUUUACAAGCGUACCUGACAUGCUGAAAGCUAUGGGUGGAAAUGAGAUGUAUGAGUACACACAGCAGACAACAAGACAGACACUGGAGAAGAUCAGUCUCAACCCCACUUUGAUUGAUGAGCUAGUGACAGUUGUCAUGAGGAUCAAUUAUGGUCAAGAUGUGACUUUGAAUGGGUUUGCAGGUAUGGAAGAAAUACAGUUGAACCUCCAUUAUGUGGUCACCCCAGGGGUUGCUUACUAGAAUUUCAUCAUAAACAUACAUAAUCAUAAUAAUUUAGGGGAAGCAUCACUUUAUUAUGAAAGAAACACUCGAAGGGAGCAACAAUACUGGUCCACGAUUGGUCAUCACAUUGGGCUGUAUUUUCCUUCAUCAUUUUUUUAAAUAAAGCCGAACUAAGUGUAUUAAGCACUUGAUGGCUGCUUAAUAGAGGUGACAACAAUGGGAGAACUCUCACUGGAAUGGCCAAGAGGUGGCAGGGGCUGCUUAAUAUAGGUGUCCCCUUAGUAGAGGUUAAAGUUCUCAUUCUUUUCUACAAUUAUUAUCUUGGGACUUUGACUAUUGGCCUCUUUAUAGAGGAUGGCUGCUUAAUGGAGGUUGAACUGUAUAACUUACAGCAGGAAAAUGAUAAGGUUAACUGCAAUUAGUCAUGUAUAGAAGUGGCUAGAAGAAAGACUUUCAUAGAGUAAUAAUAAUUUAGCUUCUUGUUAUGCAGGCAACUCAAGUCAAAAGUUGGUAGUCCCUCCCAUACAAAUUCAUAACAAGUCAUGACCUCCUUGGGGCAGCCUCAUGCAGGGCUUCCACAGAGCUCGAGGUUUCCUGUUUUUUCUCUGAGCUGAUCUUGAUUAUAUCCUUCUAAAUUAUUAUGCAAAAGUUUAUUUCUGGAAGUUAAUAGUCAAAAUUAUUCCUUUUUUGAUCAUUACAUGUAUCAGGGCUGUCACUGAGGGAUGGCAGCUGGGGAUUUCCCAUGGCUUCUAUGAGCAUGACUAUCUGAAUUUGAGGAUUAACUAAUGUGACACACUUUGUGAGUUAAGGCCUACCUCUCAGAAUCACUUCAUGUAUUUGGAAGAAAUGACUCCCGGCUACUUUCAUUAGAAACCAGAAGGAAAAAUUAUAGAGCCCAUGGAAAUUCCUGGCUGUUCCACUCCCCAGCCACUAAUUGCAUACACCUGGCAACUUGCAACAGCCCCUCAUGCAUUGUUAGUGUAGUGAACUUGCCUAAACUCAAACUGUGUAAUAUAAAGGCUUGGUCAACAGCUAUACCAUUGCUGUAAGGUUAAUUUGUUGAGUGGGAAAUUUUGAAGCUAUCUUUAGGCAAUGUUUACAUUGUCAUAUUGUUCUGAUACAAAUGUACUGAGUACAGCGAAGCACAACAGAGUUGCGAACUAUGUGACUGAAGGUUUUUUAUGUUUGUUAAAGUCAUAAACAGACAGUUAUUACUGCAAGCCCCCAGGUGAGCAACAAACUCAUCUUUGGGACUCCUGUUGUUCCUUGGGUGUCCUGUCACUAAAAAACCAUCACUAAUUCGAUUUUUGUGUCAGAAUGAUCUUUAGCAGAAAUGGUCAGCAGUAUCAUUAUAACUUAAUUUAAAAUUCUAACUCUCCUAUUGCACUCCUAUUGCAAAAUUUUUGUACUAAGUUUUGCAUAUUUUGGCGCAAGCAACAGUUUCGAGUUAUUUUCGUACGACUGUAAGCUAGGCAAAUGAAGACCCAAACCACAAAGAACUCAUGAUGUGUGAUGUGUAGUCCUUUAUCCCAUAUAAACCAUUACUUGACCCAUUAAAAGGGUCUGUUAAAUAUUAUUAGCAAAAAGAGAUUUUUUUUUCUUUUUUGAGUAGAUACUGGGCAAAUGAAAAAAACAUUUGGCUAUAAAAAAAAACUGUGAUGAAACUUUUCUUAAAAACAUUAUAAGAAAUUUUAAAAGAAACUUUUUAAAGAUGUUGAUGCUUUGACAGUCUCUGACAUCAUCAAGUCAAACUAGCAUAUGCAUGUUCUAUAAAUGGAUGAAAAACAGGACAUCUUUAAAAAGAAAAGUAACGUAUUUAAUAUGUUACAAGUUAAACAAAGAGUUUCACACUAAUGGAGUCACUCUGUGUCUUGAGUCUGGGCCUUAGUUCUUUGAUGCAUAAUGUCUCGUAAAUGAGGCAGUCAUCUGCUCACAGCAUUAUAAUAACAUAUUUGUAACCUCUAGUUUAUUUAUGUUAGGAGCAGUGUCAUUGGCCGGUUCUCAAGGAGGGUUGUGGUCAGUUGAAGGCGGAAACUGGAGAGUCUGUGAUGGUUUGCUUUCCAGCUCCAAAGCAACAGUGUACAAGAAUACCAGGGUAACAGAAGUAGUAAAAAACAACAAUGGCAGUACUGAAAGGCCUGUCUACACAUUAAAAGGUGAUGGCAACAUUCCAGACAAACAGUACGACAUGGUGAUUGUUGCUGCACCUUUAGAAAUUAGUAGCUAUUUCUUUGAUUGUAAAGGCUGCAGAAACUGGCCCUCUCCUAAAGAACUGGGUGAAUUCUGGCGCACAGUGGCAACUUUUGUGCACGGCCAAAUCAACUUGACGCAUUUUGGGUGUGGAACUGAAUAUGACAUCCCAGAAGUGAUUGGCACGACAGAGACCCCUAAAAAUUAUUUUAACAGCAUUGGCAAGCAACAGCCUGUUGAAAACAGGACUGAGGAGGAUCCAAAAGGCACACCCAUUCGGAAAGUGUUUUCACGAUCAGAUCUCACUGAUUCUCAACUUAAUGAACUGUUCAGUAGUGUGAAUGAGGUCAAAGUAGUGUCUUGGCUGGCAUAUCCACACUUUACACCCCCUGAGAAAUUUUGGUCAUUUGUUCUGGAUGAUGGCGUCUUCUACAUCAAUGCCAUUGAGCACUCCGCCAGUGCAAUGGAAAUGUCAGCAGUGAGUGCGAAGAAUGCGGCUUUGUUAGCACAUCAGUAUUAUACAGGGAAAGCAUCUAAUGUCCCCCCAGAAAACAGUUCUUCUAAUACCACACCCAAGGGAGAACUGUAAUUCUGAGUGCUGUAAUAGACAAAGGUGUAUCAAUGACUUAAAAUUUAACAAAUUUACCCCUUUAUCAAAAUACCGGUGAGGGCCUAAAAUGAAAUUUUUUAAAAAAAUACCUUUUUUGUAAGGAAAAUGAAUAGUACUAUGCAUGUGAACCACUUGAAAGUACUGAAGAGGUUUCUUUUUAAUGGUCACACCACAAGAUUUCAUCUACAGAUUCAAAAGUUAAAAUCAGCUUAUACCGCAUCAAGAAAUACAUCUGCUGUUCGCAGUCUACAUAACAGAUAGUACCUUGUAAAAGCACAAAGUGUACAGCUAAUGAUAUUUUAUUCAAGCAUAUAACGCCACCUAAAAUACAGUGAAAAUAUAAUGACUGUUUCUUUGGCUGCUUCGCUUUUUGACUUUAGUGCUAAAGGAAGAGACUUCAGUGCAUCCAGUUCUUUCUUUAUACAUAUUUUUAAAUACACUUUACUAUCCUACAUUACCAUACCUACAAAGAUAAUUAAAUUUAAACCAAUGUUACA